AAUCCACAUUCCAAAAGCAUAUUUUUUACACAGUAUUAUUUUUCCCCUUCUCUUCAGCCAAAUAACCACAUUCACAUAUAAGUAAAAAAAAGAAAAUAGAUAAAUAAAUAAAAUCACCGUUGUUUUCACCGGCUGGGAAUCAUGGCGGCGAGGAAACUGACAACUGGAUUGACUGGUUUGGCUGUGGCUACCAAUCCGCAUCAUACAUUGGGUGUUCUUUACGGCAAGAUCCUGAGAUGUUUGCAGAAAAUGCCACCCAAUUCUUCCUACCGGCAAUACACAGAGCAGAUUGUAAGCGAGAGGAAUAAUCAUGUGAAAACGGAGCCGGACCUGACAAAAUUGGAGAAAGCAAUCAAUGCAGGCCAAAUUGAGGAAGUUAUUGUGCAAGCUGAGAAAGAACUGUCCUUGGCAAGAAAGAUGUUAGAGUGGAAAGCAUGGGAACCUCUCGUUCAGGAUCCCCCAAAGGGACAGUGGCAGUGGCCCAUUAAAUAAAAAGUUCCUGCCAGGAUAUUUACCUUUGGUUGUAUUUUGGUAGACAAAGAUUUGGAUAGUGUGUGGAACUUUUAAAUGUACAUUUUAUCCUCUGUAAAUAUAUUAUUUUUCCCCAAGAGUUAAAUUAUCAAGAUCAUGAUAUACUGUAUUGAGUUGGCUUUAGAUGGAUGAAAUCAAUUAUAAUACAUAAUGUGCACAUAUA